ACUUGAAGCUGCGAUGUUUCAUGACGCCUAGAGCGAAGGAUAGAUCACUACACGGCUAAUAAUACAGUUAGCAUUGUGUUGUAGUUGUAACUCGAUAAGAUCGAUCGGGAGCACGCGAUCUGCGCCGUAUCGUCAAGAUCACCCGACAUAAAUAAUGAUUUUCGACGGUUCCAAGGCCUUGUAAAUAUUCGUUUUGCCUCAACAUGAAAUAAGGUAUUUAUAGCAGAAAGUAGGGGUCUGGAUUUUGGGAAAGUAACGUUAGUAUCCACUUAAUAGACGUUCGGAAAAGAUCGAGCGAGACUCCGCCUACGACGAGGCCUGCGGCUACGGCCCUAAACAACAGGCGACAGCUUCCGUAGCAACCGAGCUCGAGCCUGGGUUCUCCGUACAGCUACAGUACCGGUCACGCAACUUCGAGCAGCCGGGCCGAAGCCCCGCCACGCCACUGCACGGUUUGGGUUCCGACGAUGUCCUGAUCGACAAGUGACAUGACGCUUCUUGAAAACAUCUUCUGUUUGUUCUUGGUCUCCUCAACAUUGCCCCAAAUACAGUUUGUGAAGGUUAAUCUCUUUGGAUGUGAGUAGAGUAUGAAGCAGCUAUGUCGGAGAAAAGGCUUUCUGUAGUACCUCCUGAAGUCACACCAGAUGAUCUGGAGGAUUAUCUUGCAACAGACGAUCUUUUCAUUGAUUACUUCAAUGCAUUCCUUCAGCUCUCGACUUUCUCAAAGCCUGUCUACUUCAACAAGGAAUAUGGCGGUUUUGAAGUGGUCACAGACGAGAAGCAGAGCCUCAAGCAGCGGCUUCGCGAUUUGGUACGGUCUCAGCAGAAACCUAACCCUAUCUACAAGGCAGCCAUCGCUGUGGCUAUGGCCAAGAAGCCCCCUAAGAUGCCAUGGCAUUAUGGUGAAGACAUCGAAGAACCUGAUGUUAAAACAAGCUUUAAAGUACAGUGUUUGAACAAGGAGCAAGGGAUUCAAUGGAUAAAGGCAGAACGACUUCCCACAUUCUUAGAAAGCGAUUGUUACAUCGAGUACAGACUUGCCAAACUCAUCUCGCAGACAGAGAUUGCAGAUAAAGCAUCAGAUACCCCAUUGAAGCUUUUGAUUGAUCCUGCGUAUGAACCAUUUGCCAUUGAAAGACCACCUGUGAUCGAACCACCAGUAGUUGAUGAACAAGCCAUAGCCAUACGUGACCUGUUUGUAUGCAUGGGUGAUGCCUCAACGACACAAACUCAAGAAUGGUUCUCUACUGUCAAAUUGUCCGCAAGUACGUCUACGACAAACUCCAUCGGGAAGAGACCGUCUAGUUCGGUUGGGAGACCGUCCAGUUCGGUUGGGAGACCGUCUAGUUCGGUUGGGAGACCAUCUCGUCCUGACAGUGUGGCUCUCACAAUGGACAGUGGCUUUGCCAGCCCAUCGAGAUCGGAUGCAUUGAAUAUGUCUUUGACCAGUCAGGACCUGACCAUGGACAUGGUUAACGAUCUCCCGCACAAAGAUGUCUUGUUUGAAAGUCCGUUGCGGCUGCGCGAAUGGCGCGCCCCGAUCGGCGACAACGUCUGCGAGGUGGCAGACAUUGAAAAGAAAGGACUUGGAGGGGCCUACUACCUCGAUAUUAACAAACCAGAAGUGCUAGAAGAGGAAGCAGAGGAAGAGGACAAGGCUUCUGUUGAAAGCGAUGAGAGCGGUUGUGAAAGUCAGCAGCUUGACAAGGCGGAAUCUAUCGAUCUAACAGAAAUUGAAACCAAAACUGAUUCUGAAUUACAAGAGAAGGAAGAAACAUUAUCUACACCAAGCCCAAAGGUGAUCAAGAUUAAGAACCUUAGUGAUAUUGCCAGUGUUGUUGUGUCCGUCUCGCUAAAGAAGGCAGUUUUGAUUGCAACCGAAGCAUCAAGUGAAGACAUCGAUAGGUAUCUGGAUGAUAACGUGUUGAAGGUGGAAGGGAUUCAAAUGGAAGACCUGACAUCGCAAUGGGAGGAUCAAUUAGAGUAUGAGGUUCCAGUCACUCCAAAGAACAUCAAACUCCAGGUUCCCGACCAGGAAGCAGAGCGAUCAAUCAGUCGUAUGUCGACCACGCUGUCCGAAUGCAAGGACACGGUCGGGGAUGCGGACUCUCUCUUCGACAGUGAUCAAGACGACGACGAUGUUGAGGAGGAAAGCCGGGAUUCUUUCUUCAACAAACCCAAGCAGACCUUUGAUCUGAUGAACAAGAAGGGACUGGAUGCGUUCAAGAGAUUCCUGUGGGGUUCAGAAGGAGAGAAGUGUUGGAAUCUGUGGUUGGACAUUGACAGAGGUACCAUGAUUGAUGAUCAAGAGGUUUGCAGAGUGUUUCUAUCUUGCCUCAGAGACAAGUACAUCAAGACAGGAGGGGACUGUGAGCUGUCCUCUGCUAUGAGGGAAAGACUGGGUCUUAAACCUUCUUCAGUUUGGACAUCGAUGGAACAACUUGCGGGACUCAAAUCAAAUAUCAUUAAACCUUUACUUCUUUAUUGGGCUCCUCGUUUCUUGAUGAGAGAGACCUACCAGCAGAAUCAAUCAAGUAACUACCUUUACAUCCGACAGCAGCUCCUUACCAAGCCUGGUCCAGCCCCGUAUCCUGACCCCCCAACGGUCACCUUACUCCCUCUUCGUCCAAAGUCAUGCUGUCCGAGACUUCGCUCGUUUUCACUUGAUUCUGAGCCAAUGGAAGUUCAUGUGAAUCAGCACAUGAAGGAUCCAGCAGCGUCUCGUCCAGAGAGUAGACCCGCAUCAUCAAGAAGCCAUCGGGAAUCGGUCAAGAAGCUAGAGCGCAGACACGAGAGGAGUAAAACCCUCCCCAUCAUACCACUCACGAGCGCAUUGACGACUAUAACUCCCAAACCAGCAGUCCCACAUAGUAAGGCAUCCGUUAGUAGUAUCCCCACCAAGAACAAAAUUGAGUCGGUGAACUAUGGGUCAUCGGCUGGGCCCUGUAUCAUCAGUAGGGUGAAACCUGUCCCUCCCAAGUCGGCUCCUCCGUCCACCAUCAUCGCGAGAAGGAUACGACUCGAGGUGGAACAAAACGUCAGAGACGAAAAGAAGGAGGUAGCUGCUAAAGAAGAGACAGAUGAAGAAGAGGAGGAUGAAGUAGAUGAUGAUAAGAGUGAUGCAUCCAAACUUGAAGGAGAUGCUGUUUCACAAAGCAGUGACAAUUCACGACAUGUGUCGCCCGGUCAGUCAGAGAAAGGAUCACGUCCAGGCUCUUCUACGAGCACCGUGGUAACGGAUGAAACCGACUUUCUUCAGAUGGAUGGCUUACUCAACGAUCUCUAUCAGGAGAAACAAACGGGAGGAUUUCUGAUGAAGUUUCUAGAGAAAAGGGAAGACAAGAUUGCUGUCAACUGUCUUGCUUGUUGGCAUGAGCUUCAGGAAUACCAUGCUCUUUUCUACAUGGAUGUAUUCAAGCCUUACAACCUCAUCAGGAAAGCUAAGGAGAUCCAGUCUAAGUAUGUGGUGGAGCAAUGCUUCUUCGAGGUGAACUGCCCGGCAAUGAUCAGGUAUCAAGUAUUCCGUCAGAUCAACCCUCCGUACGAAGAACUCUUUGAUGGACUGGAAGAACAUCUCUUAUCAAUGCUUCUCGUCCCUUGGCUUGCUAUGAAAGAUAAAGACAGAUCACUUUCAAAUAAGAUUGAGGUUCUUGAAGAAGAAAGGCAGUUGGACAACAUAAAAUCCAGACAUCUACAGAAAUUACAGAGAAGACUCAUGCGAGAGCGCAUCGCAACGCCAGACUUUACGAUGGAAGGUGAAGAUGAGGAAACAAAGAGAGAGGUCUACUAUGAAAACCUUGCAGAGAAAGUUCCUGUGGAAUUCAGAGAUUACGACUUUGAUAAACUCAUCAGGAAUCGCAUGGAAGUUGAGCACUUCAGAAAAUUCCUUGAGGAUAAUUAUGCAUUAAUGGAUCUGAUGUGUUGGCUGGAUAUUGAAUCAUUCCGUCGUACUCCCCACCUUGACACUAAGAAACGAGAUGCAAAGGCGAUCGAUAUCAAGACCAAGUACCUCAACAAGAAAUAUUUCUUUGGUCCAAACAGCCCAGCAACAAGGAUGCAGCAGCAUCAGACCAUGAUGGCUGGUGGAGGAUGGGGCAAGCUCCUUCAAGACAGACCUCCCAAUCAAAUCAUGCUGGAGGCACAGAAGUACGUCAGAGAACGUCUAGCUCGUAAAUGGCUCCCUCUCUUUAUAAUGACCGACACGUUCCAAGAGAGACAGCGCCCUCACAUUAGAAUGGAAGACGUAGUCGAUGACGUCAUGGCUAAUAAACGCAAGAGAUACAUGGCUAUCUACAAGCUUCUUGAGAGUCGCUUUGUGUCGUCAUCCCACGAGAUCAUUGCGUUGCGUCAAGCCUUGAUCAACCCGAUCACAUGUCAGCAAUUCAGGAAGUAUGUCAGUCUCAAAGGAGAGCACCUUGAAAAUGAUGUUCUGUUCUGGUUAGAAGUGCAGAAAUUCAAGGAAAUGUACCACGUGCAUAGUGAGGAGUCACUGAUACACCAGAAGAUUCAAGCCAUCUUACGAUGUUUCAUCAACUCGGAGAUGGGAUCGAAUCUACAGAUUGACAUCACUCCCGAGCAGGCCGAGAAGAUUUUGGAUAAACGCAUGAGGGAGAUGGGACCUUACGUCUUCAGAGAUGCACAGUUGACGGUAUUUAGGGUACUGUCCAGUCAUUGGAAGGAUUUUCAGAAGUACAGAACGAGCCUUUCUGAAGAGAAGAUGCUUGAAGAGCUCGAUAGAAAGAGAAGCAAACAGAGGAAGAAAGAGAUGGAGAGAGCCCGCAUUGAAGAUGAAAGAGAAUUUGCCAAACAGAAUGCCCCUAAGGAAGACGACCACAGCUCCGGUAUGGGUAGUAGUCUUAGUAUGAGACGUAUGUCAACCCGUCUAUCUAGCAUCAUUCCUGGUUUCCUAGAAGAUGAAGAAGAGGAAGAAGAAGAGAAAGUACAAUGGAAAUACUCUGAUUAUGUUGAAGGUUUGGAGAGAGAGAAACAGCUUCUCAAUGGUGAUGAUAGAGCUUCUAGUCUUAUGUCAACCAUCGAAAGCCUUGCAGAGGACCCGAAUUCAGCUCGCUGGGAGAAAGCUGCUAAGAAUUCACAGAAUGAAUCAGAGAAAUACAGUAAAGGAAAGACCAAAUCUAAGACGAAAGAAGGAAGGGGUAAGCGCAGUCCUGCCUCUAGCAUCAAAGACCAGCCACUGACGAGCAGCCUGGGAGGUCAAAGUGAUGGUCCAGCCAAGAAUGGGGUCAAGAAACGUGUUACACUUGUUGAACCGGUCAAACCACCAAAGAAUACUCCAGGACCUCAUGGUGACAUGGGGACAAAGGUCAGAGGUCAAGGUAGGCAAAAACCGCCCGGUCAAGUGAUGCAACCAAUCAAAUCGAAGAAAAAGUGAGAGUAAUGACAAAUGAUUGAUUUGAUAAUUGAUUAACUUUUGUAAGGUAAUGAGCUUUAAUGGUAUCAUUAAUGUUUUCAAAAUCAUGGUUUGAAUUGUUUUUUUUUCUCCAAGAUUGAUCAAUUUACAUGGUGGGGGGGUGGGGGGGUGUUUCACAAAUAUUUAAGUGCGACUAAAAAUCCUUGAAUUUCCAAUUGUGCAUGGUGUAUAAUGCCUCACUGCAUUGGUGAAAUCGUGCUCAGGAGAUGCACGCUACUGGGUCCUCAUUAUUUAGAUCAUGUGUUGAAUUCACAUGUGGGCCUUGGUACAUCGCUUUAAUAAGUCAUUGUGAAACACCCCUGUGUCCUGUGACACAAAGGUUAGCGAUUAAUCCUAUGCUUGAUUUUUACGAUUGAUUGCAAAUUGUAGUCAAUGCAAUCAAUGGUAAAAUAAUGCUCUGCAGUGAUCGUUGAGCUCUAUGUUUCGGGCCAAUGGUCUUAUCCCUUCUUCAUGUGUACCAUUAAUAUUUUUUUUCUUGUUAGUGGAUAAAAGUGAUCAACAAUAGAUGGAUAAUUCCUAUGCCAAAUUUGCUUUCCACCAAUCAAACAACGAUUUCAGUUGAUUAUAAUAGUAGCUUGUUAUUCUAAACAUGUUUUGUGAAACCCACCCUCAGGAGUAACUAUGCAAGAGCAAAUCACGUAGUAGCAAUAUUAAUCAUGCAGCUAACACUUCCAACAAGACUAGUUUUAUAUAAUUCAUUUAUUGCGUAUGCAAUUACUGUGGCUGAAAAAUGUUAUUGAACUUUAUUUUUAUGACAAUAUAAAAUGUACAUUCAAAGCAUUUUAAAGUAUUUUUAGAGAUUGUAAUAAUAAGCAAGUAAUGGAACUAAAGCAAUACACACAAUUUCUACUUCACUGUAUAGCUACUUGUCUGAUAUAUUCUCUGGAAAAUAAAAUGAUAGGUUCUUUUGCUUGUCUUUGAUGUAUUGUAUAGUAUGCAUUAUGAGGAGAAUUGUAAAUGCUUGACUUGGCAAAUAUAAUGUCAGCAUGUAUAUUACAGAAAGUAAAUUGAAAAAUUGUUAAUUCAUUUUUACGUAAAUUAUUUUCAGGGGCCAUUCUUAUGGAAGGAUUUUCGCUUUUUUUAAACGCUGUAAAUAUAAAUUUUAUACAGCAGUGAAAUUUCUAUACAUUCCAUUCAUUGUAUCUGCAUUCUUCCAAGUCUUCGUCCUAUAUUAUUUGUAUAGCUUGUGAAUUUAUGGAAAUCAUUUAUAUUUAUGCAAUAUAAACCUCUAUGUAUAUGUUUAUUGAAAAGGUGAAUUACAAGUAACUUCCAAAUCCUAUGGCCUGGAAUCCCAAAGGAGGUUUGAAUUGCAUUCAUUGUCUACAGAGAGGGUAGAAAGCCCUCUUCUAUUUUUUAAAGUGCACUUUAACAAGUGCAUGCCUUGCCUAAUUGUGCUCCAACAGCAAUUAUGGGUGGGUGCGUCGUGGUCUAGUGGUUCUCAUGACUCGCCUUUCAAACAGAGGGUCGUGUGUUCGAAUCCUAGCCAUGGCAUGUUUUCCUUCAGCAAGAAAUUUAUCCACACUUUGCUGCACUCAACCCAGGUGAGGUAUAUGGGUAUCGGCAAGAAGUAAUUCCUCAAGAAGCUGUGCGCACCAGAAUAGGUAGAUUAGCUUAGCCGGGGUAAUAUAGGAGUGCCUUGAGCACCUAGCAAGUUGGACACGUGCGCCAUAGUAUACAAAUCCUAUAUUAUUAUUUUUUUAAAUGUAAUUGGAUCAUAUUCAGUGUGUGUGCAUAUCUGCAAAAUCUGCAGUGGGGGUUUAAAGGGGAAUUUCACCCUGACAAAAAGUUAAUUGUAAAAAUAGCAGAAAAUCAAUACAAAAGAAUGCCGAAGGUUUGAGCAAAAUCCAUCAAAGAAUAAGAAUUUUGAUUAUUUGAUUUGUGACAUAUGUGAGCAGCUUCCCUACAUAUCGUAUGGUAAAAAAUCAAUUAACUGUCAUUUUCUCAGAAAAUUGAAUAUGGUUUUUACUGUACCUUCAGUACAUCAAUAGACAAAUCAUUUCACAUCCAUUCCUAAAAAGAAAGAAAAAAAGUCCCCAC